AUGUUCAUGCCGCGCGUCAACCUGGAGCGGCGCGCGGCAUGGUACAAGGACGGCGAGCCAGACGCCAUGUCGCCAGUGGACGCGCAGAACUCCUACCUGCGCGGCCUCACCCCCCAGGAGUUUUACUUCCACGCCAUGGGCGGGCGGGAGGGCCUCAUCGACACCGCCGUCAAGACAGCCUCCACGGGCUACAUCCAGCGCAGGCUGGUCAAGGCGAUGGAGGACCUGAUGGUCAGGUACGACGGCACGGUGCGCAACGCGAUGGGCGAGGUGAUGCAGUUUCUGUACGGCGAGGACGGCAUGGAGGGGACAGCCAUCGAGGGGCAGCGCAUGGAGUUUUUGCGGUACAACCGCCGCCGCUUCCGGGAUGCGUACCGCCUGGACCUGGACAGCCUCCGCCUGGGCCCCCGACUGGCUGGACCCAGAGGCGCUCGACGUGCUGCGCAACGACGGCGAGGCGCGGGCGCUGCUGGAGGGGGAGCUGCAG